AUGGAGUGUUCGGUUGGAAAAAUAAUUGGUGAAGUGUGUCAUAAAACCAAAAUUUUCGAUUUUGAGGGCAGCUUUUCGGAUGAAGACAAAGAUUUAUUACGUAUUCGCGUCGGACAGUCAAUAGAAAAUUUAUGCAUCUUCCAUAAGGACAGGUACCUUACCUAUUAUUCUACCUGGUUUGGAAAAUCCUGUUGCGAUUCCUUCAAAAGGCACAAAUCAAAAAUUAAAAAAUCUCCGUAUUCUUGGCAAUACCUUCUGCCAAACACAAAAAAUAUACAUUUAGUACCUGAACUGCCUAAAAAACUUAAAAAAUUCAUAGAUGGAGACAACGAAGAAGAUUGGCAAGAUAAUAAUGAUAGUAUUAUUAUUGAUGACAUUGAUGACGAUUUUAUUCCACUUCAAGAGCUUAAGAAAGAGGUAUCAGAAAUAUGCAAAUUUGACUCUGAAGAAGAGCCAGAUGAUGAUAAAAUGGGCCGAAAUUAUAUUAGUCCGGUGAAGGAAAUUAAAGAGACGAUUCCUACACUUGAUUAUGAAAAUAAAAUAAAUAUUAUAAGCUUAGCACCAAAAUCGUGGUCCCUUAAACGAGUUGCAAGUGAAUUUAAUAUUUUUGAAAAAACCGUGAGAACUGCUGGAAACCUGUCAAAAGAACAUGGCAUUUUUCCCAAAAGUCGUCAAAUAAAUUUAAAAGGCAGAACAUCUAUUUCAGAAGAAGUGCAUACUACAGUGCUUGAUUUUUAUCAACAAGAUGAUGUUAGUAGGCUUUGUCCAGGAGCAAAAGAAUUUACCUCUGUAAGGGAUGAAUCUGAAAAAAAAAGUCCAUAA